AAACGCGAACAAUUUAUGCAAUCGUGUAUCAACGAGCAUAUUUUCCAUUUUACCUCCUUGCACAUGCGCAGAGAAUCGAAACUGCACAUACCUGCUUUUGCAAGUUUACGGAAGUUAAAUGAAACACCUGAUAGCGACAGCGACAGUGUGUAACAAGUCGGGUAGAGAAUUCACGAGAUUUAAUUCAAAGAAUCAAUUGGAAAUCUCCAGCAAUAUGGCAGCUGAUUACUCGAAAUAUAUACACUCAUUUAUAUACCUUUGUUUAAUGUUUUCUGAAAGAAAGACGACGAGACCAUGUCCCUUUUCCAGCGAAACACUGGAGUUUGUUACACGAUGCCCUAAAGAUGAAAAUGAAUGGAACAAGCGGGCAGAUCAGAAGGCAUGCUGGAACAUUAAACAGAACUGCACAAGUUCGCAAAACUUUUUAUACCACUGUCUGGUUAACGAAUAUUUGAAUGCCACAUUAGAAGUAUGUGGACAGAAUAAUACUAUCCUAGGAAAUGGUUGUGGCGAAUAUAACACUGUUGGCAAUGUCAUACAAGAAAACAAUGACAUACUGUGCAAAAGUUGUCCUCCUGUGUACAAAUCAACUGAAGCAUACAAAUAUCAGGAAUGCUAUGACUUUGUAAAAGGUUCCAUGUCAACAACUAGGCCGUUAUACAGUUUGGAACCAAUCAGUACAAUGCAGGAUUGCAAAUGUCAACAAGGAGAAUGUACAGAAUCAAGUACCAACAGUUUUCCACUAAGUGCAGUACUACUGUUGAUUAUUGCCCUGGUAUUAUUAUGUGCAUUGAUAAUUGUACUUGUGAAAUACAGAGGACACAUAUGUUUUCCGACGCCAAGAGGUAAUUCUGCCAACCAAGACGAAGGAGAACAUUUUUCAUCGGUAACAACUGGUCAUAGUCAUUCUGCCAACCAAGAUGAAGGAGAAAUUUCUCCAUUGGUAGCAACUGGUCAUAGUAUUACCAACAAUGAAGAGCAUGGCAACUCAAAUGUCCAAAUGAAAGCAACUGGUGCAGAGAAUAAAAACAGGGAAUGGAUAUGUGUCAUCGCAAUUCAAAUCGGACACUCGCACAUAGGUUACGGGUUUUCAGAGAGUGUUGAUCCUUUAAAUGUUUAUACAAUAGCUGCAGGCAUGAAACCAUCUCCAAAGAGCAUUGCUAAACUUUUGAUAAAGAAUGGUGAAUGCGAGAAAUAUGGUUUCGAAGCUCAAGAUACUCUUUAUAACACGAAAAAAAUUCUGGAAGAUGGACAACACAAUUACUUUGACAACCUUGAUGUGUUCAAGGAAGAUGAUGAUCUUAAAGUUAGAGAUGUCAAAGGGAAGGUCUUUGAUGCAGUUGUCAUAUACAGACUACUUCUACGGGAGCUCGUAAAAGAUGCAUACCUUCAUUUAAAACACAAACUCCACAAAACCAUCGAUAAGAGAAGUGUUUGUUUUGUGUUUUCUUUGCCUAACGAUACCGCUGAUCCAAAGCGGCUGUUGGAUUCUGCAAGUCAAAAGAUUGAGGGUUUGAGCAAAGACAAUGUGAAGCUGAUAAGAAGAACUGAAGCUGUUUCGUUUCUCCUUGGAGACGUAAAUAUUGAUGCGACUGUAUUCAACAUGAACAUGAAAAAUUUUCCACUUCAAGCUGGAGCAAAGCAUGCCGUUUUGAAUAUAGGAUCACGUGGAUUUGAUGUCGAAGUAUUAGAAGUAACUGAUAGUGACAAGCCAGGCACCGUGACUACUGACUAUUGUGAGAACUGGUCAGGAGAAUCCCCGGAAGAGAGGUUGGAAGAACUUUUUAAAUUAUGUUUCGAUGACGAAGGACAUAGGAAGUUAAAGGAUGAUUUUUUUCCGGAAUAUUCUAUGAUUAUGGUGAAUUUUGAGAAGUACAAAAGAACGCUCGAGACGUCAUCUCUUACAAUACAUCUUCCUCAAAAACUGAUGAAUUAUGCAGAGAAAGCAACAACAACCAGCAUCAGCAGAAGAAUAUCUAAAUCAUUAAUAUUUAAGGAGAAAGUCAAAGUUGACAAAGCACCUCUUACACUAGUACUCGAUAAAGAAUUGUUUGAAAAUUGUUUUCAAGAAAUGAAGGAGAAAGUUGUGCAAUCUUUAGAACAAAGACUUGGAAGUAAUAAAGAAAUACGGAAUCUGUGCGUCACAGGCGGGUAUGCUAACAGACACUGUUUCACAGAGGCAAUUCGAAAUUGCUUAAAAGACAAAACAAGAAUAAUUCCAUUGGAAGCUGACUUGGCAGUUGCAAAAGGUGCUGCGUAUUAUAGAUAGAGGAGGAUUAAAUAAAUAUAUGUAUAUAAACAAAAAAUCAACUUGACGUAAGCUUCAAAGAUAUCAGGCCGCAGAAAAUAAAAGAAAGCAUCCCGGUUUUUUUCAUUUUGGAUCGGACUACACUGACAAUAUGCAUUUUAUACAUCCCGUUUGGACGAAGAGUUGAUUUUGAAGUGAUGUCUUCAUUGCUAUAUACUUAAAUAAAAUUAUUUAGUAGAAACAA